UAUCUUAUCCUUUUAUUCGGCAUCUUUGAUAAGUAGCCUUGCUAUGCAGUCAAUAAAUCUGCCAUUUGAAACUAUAGAAGAUCUCGUAAGAGAUGGUACCUAUAAAUUGGCAGUUAUUAGAGAUUCUUCAAAAUAUCAUUUUCUUCGAUCCUCAAACGAUUCGACUCUUAAAGGACUGACUAAACUAUUACUGAGGGAAAGUAUUCUACCGUUAUCAUUUCAGGAUGCGUUGAGUAUGGCUUGUCAGCAUGAAAAGUUGGCUUUAUACGACAGAGAGACUAUAAUUCAGGCGAAUACAGUCAAAAUAAAUUGUCAAUUAGGUCAAAUCACCACGGGACAAUCUGAUACAAUUGCCAUGAUUAUGAGCAAAAAUAGCCCAUUUAACUUUCUGAUUAACUACCAGUGA